GUAAUCUUGCAUCCCCCGGCGAUUGUGUCCAAGUCCCCGAAUCCUUCUCUAAUCUCCUCAAUCUCGUUCACUUACCAUCUCCCCCGCCGCUGUUGAAAACUGGUUACGCUCAGUGCCCGCUGAAUAGAUUGGCUGAUCUGCUUCGCUUCGCAUCGGAAUUUCAUCGCCCAGUCGAGAAAUCCCGCGCCGGUGUCCUGGUUUUUUGUUCGCAACACCGGCGCCCAGAUUGCUUCAAUUGAUAUCUUCAAUUGAACAACUCGGCGUUGCUUCAUGCGGAAUUGUAAGCUUCCCUUCCACCAUUGCAAUCAACAUCGCAGAAUCGCUCUCUCCAGCGAACCUUCAUCUGUAUCGCCAUUGGAUUCCUGUUUGGCCGAAAUUUUAUUGGAUUGAGGAAGACGAAGAAGAAGAAAGAUGGGCCAAGUUCAAAGCGAGCAUUCAGUACCUGCUUGUUCAGAGGAGACGCAAUUCAAGCCUCAGGGCUCGUCUCCUCCUACUUCCAUGGAAUCUCUCGUAGCAGAAGCUGCAGCCUUUGGUGAUUCUGCUGCCGUGAAUGAGUCUCAAGAUUCCAAGGCCGAGAAGGCACUCGACUGCCCCUGCAUAAGUGAACUACGAAAUGGCGAAUGCGGGGUUCAAUUUUCGGAUGCUUUCCUGUGUUUUCUCAAGAGCACUGCUGAAGAAAAGGGAUCGGAUUGCGUGCGGCCGUUUGUGGCCCUGCAGAAUUGUAUCAAGGUGAAUCCUGGUGCAUUUUCAAAGGAUGUUGUAAAGGAAGAAGGAGAAGAGGUGAAGAAAGAGGAAGAGCCAGUGAAAUAUAGGAUCAUCCCUCCCUUGUGGGCAAGGGAUAAAACACCUUCUAGCCCAAAGCCAAAGCUAUAAGAAGAGCCCUCAGAGAGUGGAGUUGCCACUGUUUGGAAACCUGAUGGGCAAACAAUUACCAAACCAAACCAUAGAAAAGGAAGGAAGAAGGGAAGUGUAACUUUUGGUUUCUGGUGGAUUAUAUAGUCAACCGUUCUUUGCACCCAUGAUUGUAGAAUGAUUGGAACGAUUCAAUACUACAGCUCAAGGAUCAAUUUGUUCAUUGCCAGAGACAAUUAUCUUAGGAUCUUCGAUUGGUUUUCCCCCCCAAUUGUCGAUGUCGUUACAG